CGGGGGCGGAAAGCCGCAGGUCGGACUCUCACCUGACCGUGGCCUCGUUCCUAGAAGCGCAGUUUCGUAGUCGUUGCCUGUAGGGUCCACACUCGGACAGUAAAUUUGUUUUCAUCGCUUUUAGACCGUUUGAGUCACUAUGAAACUCAUCACGACGGCCUCACCGACCUCGUGUCAGGAGAUCUGGUUGCCUCGUAAUAAACAUUUAUUUAUUUUUCCUCCCUGAGGCAAUUAAAUAUCAAACACCUAUCAUCAGCAGUAACGACAGCGGAGCCGGGCGUGGUGGCGCCUGUGGUCCCAGCUACUCCGUAGGCUGAGGUGGAAGGAUCGCUUUAGCCGAGGAGGUGGAGGCUGCGGUGAGCCGAUACCGCGCCACUGCACCCCUGUCUGGGCGACAGCGAGACCCCAUUCCCAAAAUAAUGAUAACGAUAACUACCAUUUUUGAGUACUAUGUGCUAGAUGCUUUUCAUGUAUAAUCUGAUGACUGCAGCCCUACAAGGUGCAGCCUGGCACCGUUUUAUUUCACUUAGAACUGAGAUUCGGAUAAAGUAAGUUUUCCAAGGCAAGAGGUAGUCAGAGACUGAGGAAUGAUUCAAAUUUAAGUCCAGCCCCAAAGCACCGGCCUAGUGUAGUCUGCAGAGUUCCAGCCCCAUAGAGCCCAAUGGAGGAUGCGAGUGACAAUCGCCAUUCAAAAAUAGUUCAUGCCGAUUUCUUUAGUGAUGACUUAAUUGUUAGCGCCUACUGGGAUUGUUCAAAAAGUAGGGCUGAGAGUGGAAAGUGCAACUUCUGGGGACAGGAGGAGCAAACAGGGCAACUGAUACUGAGCAGGACCAGGGAACUCAGACUGAUCAGUUUCCACUUUACAAAGCUGCCCAGAGUUAAUUGUGACUGUCACAACACAGCCACUCCUUAACUCGACACACCAAAAUAAAGAGCCUCGGUUCAGCUUUGGAUCCUGAAUUUGACUUCUUUGCAGGAUUAUAGAUGGUCUUAGUGUCAUGUGGGAUAGUCGUAAGGAUUUUGAUUUUAUUUGAUUCUCCAUGGAAAACCAGUACGGUUUGCUACUUUUUACAUGGCAGGGAAGGCUAAACUUUACCUCUGCCCAUGUUAGUUCAGAGUGACCCCUUUAACAAAUGAAAGGUUAAUAAGAAAAAGGUUUAUUAAUGUACAGAGUACACAUCACAAGGGAUAAACGUCAAUGAAAAGUAACUUGAAAUGGUGGCUUAGAACUACAUUUGUAUACCAUCUUCAACAAAGAACUAUAGAUUUGCAGAGAAAUGACACAGGAGAGCAGUUUCAGGCUUCAAAGGGCAAGAAACUGGGAAAGUCGAUACAUAUUUGAAAACUGAUGGAGUAAAAAUUGUUUGCACAUUCCUCUGGUACCUUCUCUGGUCUGGUAUUAAUAGGGGACCCUAUUACCACAUGUCUUUCUCCCUCGGUGUAUGAUAUAAUUUGUAAUCUUGGGUUUCAACUCAGAGAAAAUUGUGAUAUCAAUAGCAUUGUUACUCAGAAUGGUGAAGUAUGCUGGAAAACAAUCACAGACUGUGUGAGCUACACGGAGUCAGAUCAGGGUCUGGAUUACUGGGGAAGCGUGAGGCUGCUUGGCCCUGUGUGUGAGGCUGUCCAUUCACAUUUCUUAUCUUUGACCAAGGGGCAAUUUGAAAUUCGAUAUGCACCAUGGUUCCAGUGGACAAGUUUUCCAGAGUUAUUUCCUGAAAUAUUUGAUGCCUUGGAAAGUCUACAAUCUCCCGCUAUUUCUCUUAGUUUAAUGAAACUGACAUCGUGUCUGGAACAAGCCUUGGGUGAUGUAUUUUUACUGAUUGGGAAAGAAUGCCCCUUUCUUUUAAGAGAUCUGCUUGCAUCUGAGGAACUUGCUCAAGUCUUCGGGCAGUCUGUGAUGAAUGUGCUAAAAGUCUUCGUUGGCUCUCCGUGUGGUCUCAACCUGCGUAACGUCUUAUGGCAUGGGUUUGCGUCCCCUGAAGAAGUUCCUCCAAAAUACUGUUCAAUGAUGAUGCUGUUGACAGCAGGAUUGGGUCAGUUACUGAAGAGUUACCUUCAAAAAACUAAACUUACAUUGGCACAUCGCUCUUUCAUAACUCCUACAAACCUUGAGGAUUUGAUUGUUUUUCCUGAUGUUACUUAUGAGGUGCUCUCAGUAUUAGAAGAAGCGAUGACGAAAUCUGCUUUUAUAUUAAAAAUCAUGUUACCAUAUUGGGAAGUUGCACUGGUCAAGUUCAAGUCACACAGGUUUGCUGACUGUGCCAUAUUGUUGCUGACACAACUAGAAACUGGACUUAGGAAUGUUUUUGCGACACUUAACAGGUGUCCACAAAGACUCCUGACUGCUGAGUCAACAGCUCUUUAUACUACCUUUGAUGAAAUAUUGGCAAAACACUUGAAUGAUGGUAAAAUCAAUCAGCUUCCUCUUUUCCUUGGAGAGCCUGCUAUGGAAUUUCUCUGGGAUUUCCUGAACCAUCAGGAGGGUCCCCGCAUAAGAGAUCAUUUAAGCCACGGGGAGAUCAACUUACAUGAAUUUUCAAAAGAAACAACUAAUCAAUUGCUUGCAUUUUCUGUUGUGCUGUUACUCAGAUUCGUUGAUGAAGGUCUGCUAUCAGUUUUUAAGGAAAAAGCAUCAGUAGAAUUGUUGAUUAGUCUUGCGGAAGGCUAUAGUUCUCGCUGCCAUCCAGUUUUUCAGCUUAAGAAACAGGUGCUGAGCUGUGAGGAGAGUAUCAGGGUUUGGGCUCUGCUGCCUUUCCCCAAAGAACUCAUUUGGGAAGCAGUCAGAUUAGAAGAUAAUUCUGAAACAAAUGCCUGCCACUCUUUAAUUACAAAAAUGAUGGAUGAGCUGUAUCACCAUAUGCCUGAGGAUCAUUGUGUUUUAAAGGACUUGGAUCAUCUUCCUACUGAGACACCCACCAGUGAUACGCAGCUAGCCCUGGCUCCCAGAAAGCCGCAGCCUUGCAGGUACAAAAGGAGAGUGAGGUACAGGAUCGUGCUGGAAGUGCUGGUUGUGCUCCGAAGCAUCGGCAAGCAGUGCCACCGCGUGUCUGGCCAGGUCACCAUUGCCUCGGAGCUGAGACACAGGCAGUGGGUGGAGAGGACGCUGCGGUCUCGCCAGCGGCAGAACUACCUGCGUAUGUGGAGUAGUAUCAGACUACUGUCCCCUGUGCUCAGCCUUAUCCUGUUCCUCAUUACGCUGGAGUUGGUCAAUGUUCAUGCUGUUUGUGGGAAGAAUGCGCAUGAGUAUCAGCAGUACCUAAAGUUUGUAAAGUCGAUCUUGCAGUACACUGAGAACCUGGUGGCUUAUACCAGUUACGAAAAGAACAAGUGGAAUGAAACUAUCAAUCUUACACAUACAGUUUUAUUGAAAAUUUGGACUUUUAGUGAGAAGAAACAAAUGUUAAUACAUUUAGCCAAGAAAUCCACAAGUAAAGUACUCAUGAAAACCUAUAAGUCAGGAUGCCUUUAAUUUUAACAGAUUUUAACAGUGUGCAAAUUGAAAACCCAAAGAGGUAGGGUGGAGUUGAGGGUCUGCUUGACCAGGGUCCAGGUUCUGUUUCUCUGCAGUGUUCUGAUUUACCCUUUCCAAGUGGUCAAUGUGAGUCUCAGUCUGGCUUCCUUUGUGGUAACCAAAUGGCUGCUGUAGUUUUUGGUUCCAUCUCUCCAUAACACACUGUCCAGAGGAAGAAGGGAGAGCUGCUUUCACCCAACUGUUACUCAGAAAGGUGUAGUUCCAUUGUUACUGGCCACAUGCCUACUCUUGAGAACGAUUGCUGUGGCUGGGACCUUCCCCUGCAUUCACCGGCCAGGCCUUGGGAGACGUUGACUCCCGGACCAGCCAUCAGGGCAGGGAGGGUGAGGCCCUGGGACUGAGGAGAGAACCAAUAAAUUUAAGCUUCCCAGGUCAGUGCUGGAGACCAGCUCCUAAAAGGGGAGGUGGGCAGGCAUGGGUGCUGGACAGCAGGCCUCCUGGCCAGCGUUUGGCAAAACUAGCAGAAGCCUUUCCCUGUUUUUAGAUGUGGGGGUUUCACAUCCCAGGGUCUGGGAGAGCUGGGGGAAAGGAGAUUAGGGAAGCUGCUCUUCACAGGCCCUGCUUGACGAACCCAAGUCUCUGGCUCGAGGGUUCCUGCAGCCGCUGCAGCUCUCGAGGGUGCCUGAGAGCCCCCACUGUCUGAGUUGGCAGCUGCAAAGCUGGGGCUCUGCGGAAGCCUCUGGGCAGCCACCCUGACCUCAUGUCUGCUUGGGCAUGGGCCACCCUGCCCCACCCUCCGUGAAUCACUGCUUCUCUUUUUCCACCUUCCAGACCUUGACAGGGUGCAGCUGGCAGCCAUCGAAGGACUGGCAUUCUGAGGCUGCUUCAGCUGAGGAGACCUGGGGGCCAUGGGUGGCAGCAGAGCUGAACACAUGCUGUUUGUCCUCUGCUGGCUCAGCUCCGGCCCCUUGUGAACAACACCUCUGGGGAAGCGUGAUGCUUCUGGCUAAUGUGAUACAACUCUCUCUUGUGCAAUUGAAGACGGUUCCUCCUCUUCCCAAAAGUGGAGACACAAAGCACAAAUCCCAUGUGUCAGUAUUCCCACUCUGGGACUGUUCUUUUAUAGAGCCGUCACACCUUUCUCUGAUACACUUGCAUGUAGGGUGACUAUAGGAUUGACUAUCCAGCUAAUGGUGGUGCUGGGAUGGGAAGAGGGAAAGAAAGAACUGACUGGUAGAGUUAGCUCGUAGAUACCAGUGUAUCUUACCAAAGCAGUGAGGAGACCACACAGAGCUGCUGCAUGCCCUGUUUUUGCAACCUGAUGAUCUGGCAGAAGUUUGUGUUUGAAAAUUCCUUUCCGCCACUGUUCCAUGUUCCUUUCCUUUGCCUCUCUAGGUGGUGGUUUUUCACCUGCGGAGUUAACCCAGCCCUCAUUCCUGAAAGGUCUUUCCCAUUAGAAAUCUUUCUUGUUUUGGGUAGCUGUAGGUUUCCAUUGACUUGUCCCUGGACUUAGGAAUACUAAGAGGUUCCCUAGAUAAUCUCCUAAAUUCUAGACCCUCCUCCCAGCCCCCCAAUCUGUGGUGGGAGCUGUAUUUCCCCAAGACAAUUGAGAACAGUCCCCUCGCCAUAGCAGUAAACUCUUCUGACUCAUUGGCACAAGGCAUCCAGUGCGGCUGGGUGGCAGCCUCCACCUGCAGGGCAGUGGGCACCUCGUGUCCGUCUGUGGAAGCAUCUGAGGAAUGAAGACACCCAAACCAGCAGAGUCCAGAAUUGUGAGUGGAGAAUCCAAAACCUUGCUAGUUGUGCGGGGGCGUAAUGAGAGGAGCCAUUCCUGUUCCACGUGUGCCUCUACCCAUGUUUUCUGGCCAUGGGAGAAUCCAUUACCACUUGUUGACUGAUGGCUCGGAGUGCAGGGCACGUCUUGGGCAACCCAGCAACCUUCAAGGGGGGCCUUAUCACAGCCAGCACUGCCUGGUGCUUGGGAGGCUCCCCGAGGUAGUGGGGUGUGUGCCGGGAUCACGAUCGUCACAGGCCUCACUGCUGAGCUCUGCUGUCAGACAGGUCUCCUGGAAGCAGUACUGGAAGCAACUCGUGCAGCAGAUGAGGCUUCUGUGAGCCAGGUGCAGUGGCCAAGAGGCGUCUCUGUCCCUCCCAGAACACAUGGCCCGAUGUACUUGGGGGCUGGCUCUUCUUUCCAGUUGAGUUUUUCAUACUAGGAAUUGUGUUGGUGUCUCCCAUUAGCAGAUUUAUACAUUUAGCAGUGGACCUUAGCCAGACUAGCCUUGGAGUGAGGACACCCAUGUGGUUGAAGCCAUUGACAACAUCCUUCACUGCCUCCAUGGCCACUUUGUUGAUGAGAACAUUGAGCAAGGCUGGGUGGCUGGAGAGAAAGGCUAACAUGCAUGAGGCAGCCAUCGUGCCACCUGCCUACUGAGAGCAUGGGCCCCCUCCCCUGCUGUUCUUUAGGGCCACUCAAAUGGGUUAGAACGUUGCCAACUUUCACCUUCAAGUGGUGUCAGCUGUCAGCAUCUUUUGCAGAAAUCAAAUCCAACUUUUAAUUCGGGUGAGUGGUCCUAGGGAAGUCCCCGUGGGGCCAAUAGGUGCAUGGUGAGGGGUGCUGUCCAUGCAGCUGUGGGCUCGAAGAGCGUCGGAACCACUUGCUUGUGUAUCUUGUGCUCCAGAACAUGCCAAAGCCUAACCUGUGUGUGUGUGCGUGUGCAUGCAUGUGCAUGCAUGCUUGUGUGUGUGUGUACACCUAUAUACCUAUUAAAUAUAUACAUCUUGCCUGAAUGUAAUGAUGACAUGCUCCCGCAGUUGACUCACCUGGUGACGUGACAGGUCAGAACACGCAGUCUUUGGUGGUCCGCUCAAGUUCCAGCUAGCUGUCACUAGCUGUGCCAUGGUGAAGUAUAUAUGUUCAGUGUCCAUCAGGCCCUAGAGGACAAGCUGAGAGCUGGUUCUCAGAAGAGCAAUUAUCUGCAGAGGAGGGUGUGGUUUUGUCCCAGAACCCUAGGGGUCUGUGCUCUGGGCCUGUCUGUGACUCUGCCAGGCAUCAUGGGAUCUAAUUGCCACCGUGGCCCAACGGGGAGACCAGCUUUUACAUCUACCUGCUCUGGAGGCUUUGCUCUUUCUAGGCCUCAUGUGGAACUGGCAGUUUGUAGGUUAAUUGGAAAGUGAGCAGAGUAGCGUGUGUGGCCUGGUGGAUGUUGCUUGCAGAGCUUCAGAGAGACUCAGAGUGCCUGCCCGUCUCUAGUGCCGGUGGACGUGGGCACAGCACCCUGUCCUCCCCCUCACAGAGUGCAUCCAUACCUUCCUAGAUCACGGGCCCCAGAAGCUUCAAAGCAGCAGCCCUGUGCAUUCUUACGAGAGUUACAUCCCAGCCCAGGUGGUCAUAAUUUCACCAAAACAGUGGGGUGUCUUGUUUCCUGUCCACAUCACUAAUGUGAUGGGCCAUGGUGGCGUCCUGUGGAAUGGCAAGACAGCCAGCAGCCCUGAGCUCUAGGUUGCAUGGAGGAAGUGGAGAGGUAGCACAGCCCUGAUGCACUCCCACCAAGGCUGCUGCUGUCCCUGCCAGAUGAGAACAAGACAGCUUCUGGACAUGAGAUUGCAGGAGACAAAACCUCAACCUCUAUCAGUAGGUACAGAGAAAAAUCAUCUGCCAGAUCAGUGGCUGCAGACCAGAGAUCUGGGACUAUCUUGACUUGUUCCAAUAAAGAGACCACAUCUGAAGUAGCAGAUGCUCAGGCUCCUGGGCCGGGGUCUUGUGUCCCUGGGAGGCUCUGCUGUCUUGAGCGAUGGCUCUGUUCCCUGCAGGUGUGUGGGCAGCCAUGCUGCUGGGCUACCUCACUUUCCCUUGGUAUUCUUUCCCCAGUUGCCCAUCCUGCUUCUGAGGGACACUUCCUUGGUCAGUUGCAAUAUAUGUCCAUUCAGGUUACAGUCACAACGUAUAUAGCUGCAAUUUGUUGUUUUUCCUUAAACAGUGUUACAUGUCUCUGCUCACAAUUGAAGUAACUUAGAGUUUAACCCUUAAGAGGCAAAUGUCCUCUGUUUUCACCUUCCUGAGGGAUCCCGCCACAUUGACCAUCUUGCUAGCAGGGGUCACAGGUGUAACAAGAACGGAUUUCUGCUGGCUGAUGGUCCACGGUGUAGCGUGACUCGGGGAACCCAGGAACUCUGUGGCAAAGCUGCUUCAAAUUCUCCUGCAUGCUUGUUCUUUUCUUUCUGCCCUUUUUUCUUCUUUCUUUCCCUUCCUUCCUCUCCUUUUUCCUCUCCUUCCUUCCUUUCUUCCUCUUCCUCUUUCUCUCUCUCUCUUUUUUCCUUUCUCUCCCCCUCCCCUUCCCUUCAUCACCUAGGCUGGUGUGCAGUGACACAAUCAUACCUCACUCCAGUCUCCAACUGGUGGGCUCCCAUGCUUUUUCUUCCUUUCUCUCUUUCCUUUUU